CGGUGUUCUUCAUCAACAUCAGAGCAUGUGAGUCCACUCCCACUUCCAGACUGUACCCCGAUGUGUCCGUACAUGAGCACACUCCAUCAUUAGCUGAUAUAGCCUCGGCGAUGGACCGCCGUUAGCUUAGCGCCUCCUACUUAGCUCCACCUCCUUUCAAACCUCAUCUCCCGCCGUGCGGCACAAGGCCGCCUCUUAAUUUCCUCUCCUUUCCUCUUCACUCACUGUGUAAUCACUGCUGAGGCCGAUGAGUCUCUCUCUGCAGCGGGGUAAUAUUCUCUGGCUAUGGCUUCAGAGCGUGUUGUAUGGCAUGUACACAAUAAUCUUCGCAGGAUGUGUGUACAUCCUACAGUCACGAAAGCUCUUCAGCGGCUCCAAGGAGUACAAGCUGAUGCUCGUCGUCGUGUCCCUCUUCAUAUGUGCCACGGCCGAGGCAGUGAUCUAUUUCGCGUACACGUUUAUACUCAGUGAUGUUCAAUCGGAUAUGCCCUAUCCCGGAGAGACGGAGAAGCAGCUCCACGAGAAGAACACAGACAACCUUCUCGCUUGCAUACUAGCUCCAAUCGUUGCUACCAAUACGGUAAUCGCAGACGGUCUCCUAAUAUGGCGCUCUUUCGUGGUAUGGGAAAGACGAAAGAGCGUCAUAAUAGUCCCCAGCUUCCUUCUUCUUGCUGGAGCAGCGUGCGGAUACGCACUGACAUACUUCGCGGCAGAAGCCUAUCUGGUCAGGCUUCACCUGCCCUUGUCCGUGACGACACCUCCCGAGGGGUGGAUCCAUGCCGGAAAGUGGUCGAUGAUCAUGCGGACGGUCUUCUUUUCCACGUCUCUCGCUACGAAUGUCUUCGUAACCGCGCUGAUAGCCGGACGUAUAUGGUGGCUGAAUAAUGGGCUGGGGGACGUGCUCGGGCACAAGCAUGUCAAGCCCUACGGCCGUAUAGUCACAGUCUUAAUUGAAUCGGGCGCGAUCAACUCGGCGUGCUUGCUCCUGGGCUUGAUCAUGGACGGCCCGUUCAAUACUCAUAUAAUUCAAGGGGUAGAAAACCAUUUAUUGCUGACCCUGAAGGGCACCUUCUCACCGUCAUUUGCCGCUCAGGCGUCAGGCUCCGAAUUCCAAGUGGCAACAUUCGUAGUAUUUCCCAGUACCAUCGCCAACAUAUUCCCCACGCUCCUCGUCGUCCUCGUCGCGCUCGGGAAGACGACGCAGCCGACCACCGUGGCAAUGGCGACCCGAGAGGGCGCCGUCGACACGCGCGUGACGCUGCCGACGAUAUUGUUCGCGCACACGGGCAUGGAUUCUACGCAGAGCACCGAUUCGUGCGAGAUGGUGGCGAGGCGCGUGGAGUUCAAUGCGCAAAAGCAGAAUAGACCUAUGGAGAGACGGAACUCCGCGCUUUCAACGGCAUGA